UAAAGCCAAAUGCCAUCUGAAAGAGAUAUUCAACAAGAAGCAAAACCUUAUCCUAUCAGCCACCACAAAUCGCUUCAAUACUAACAGAAGCUUCCCUUAUUUCCCACCUCACAAAAGCCAUGGCAACCCUUUGUUUCACUUCAUCUCCGUCCUUUACUCUCGCCAAACAACUGUUACCCACCAAACUUCCUUCCCUUAAACUCAACUACGGAACAGGCAGAUCCCUGAAGACUAUAGUUAGGUCUUACAAAGUGGUGAUUGAACAUGAGGGUCAAUCCACAGAGCUGGAGGUUGAACCUGAUGAGACCAUACUAUCCAAGGCACUGGACUCUGGACUGUCGGUGCCUUAUGACUGCAUGCUUGGGGUAUGCAUGACUUGCCCAGCUAAGCUAAUAAGCGGCACAGUUGACCAGAGUGAAGGUAUGCUUAGUGAUGAUGUGGUGGAGCGUGGGUAUACACUGUUGUGUGCAUCCUAUCCAACGUCAGAUUGUCGGAUUAGGACCAUUCCUGAAGAUGAGCUGCUGUCCUUGCAACUAGCAACAGCUAAUGACUGAAAUCUGUGCGCUUGAUUGAAAUUUCAGUUAAAAGUUUUGAUAUUGAACACUAAAUUCGAGUACAGUAUUUCUCAUGGGUAUGUUAUGGUGGAAAUGUUGAAUAGAUUUGUUUCUUAUUCAUUGUGUGUGCUAUCUGUUGGGGGUAUAAAGAAAGAUGAAAAUAAAAGCAUUUUCUGUCA